AAUUACCGUAUAAUGUAUGUAAUCACGAAAUGCAUAUAUGGAAUUAAUUAUUUUCAAACAUACAUAUGUAUAAUAAAAAAGGAAAAAGACAAAUAAUAUUAAAAGUUAGGUUUAUUAAUUAUUAUUGCCAUGAAUUUUUAGUUAUAAAUUGAUUUUGGAAAUACAUUAAUUGAAGAGAAAAGACAAAAAUCCUAAAAGAUAGGUUAAUUAAUAACUUCAGUGGCAUGACAUUGUAAAUAUAGUGAAAAACUAAAGGAUAAUCUAAUUUUGUACUCCUCUUUUAAUAGAUUAGAUUUUAAUUAUGAGUUUAGGGUAUUUAAGAUCUGGGCUCUGAUACCAAGUUAGAUUCAAGUUUAUUAUGGGCUUCCAACUUAAAACCAAUUGGUAAUUAGUAGAUUAGUCUUAAUCCUUUAUAUAUUACUUAAUGUCCCUUAGAAUUCUCGAUGUAGGAUAUAUAUCCCUAAUAAAUAUCAUAGUACACAUUUGUGAAAUUAUAAAAUAUCUAUGAUUUACAAAUUUUUAUUGAUUAUCAUUUUAAUAAUGAACGCACAAGUACAUCUUUAAAGUAAACAAGUCCAUACACCACUAAAACAAUGUCAAUAAAAAUUUGUCAAGUCUUAUUUUGUUUAUGAAAAAGUAAAAACAAAUUAAAAUUAAUUGCCCAAGAAAGGAAAAAAAAAACAUGACACUGAUAACACAAUUAGCAAACCCCUAAACAUUGUUAGCAAAAUUGUAAACCUUAAGGUGCAAACCCUAAACUCUGUGAACUUUAAAUCCCAAACUCUAAACUCUAAAUUUUAAGGGGUGAAACCUAGGGUUUAAGGUAUAUAAUUUAGGGUUUACGGUUUAGCAAACGGUAUUUAACAACAUUAUUUUUUUUCUUUUUUGACAAUUAAUAUUAUUUUUAUUAAUUUUUCAAAAAUAGAAAAUAACUUAACAAAUUUUUAUUAAUUAUUGUUUUAAUAGUGAAUGCACAUGUUCAUACAUUUUUAUUCUAAGAAGUGAGCAGUUUUAAAAGUUUUUUAUGAAUAGUAUGUGCGGUCUGAUAAAAAUGAAAGUGAAUUUUAAAAAAAAAUCAGGAUACAGAGAGAUGGAGAGGGAGAGAUGGAGAGGGAGAGCUAGAUGUGAUAUAUAUGAGAGCUACGUAGGAUAGGGGUUUUGUAGCAUAGGAAAGUCAUAUUUGGACAAUUUAUGUUAUAGGGUUACUUUCAGGAUAUAAGGAAAGUGACCGAUCACCUAAAUAAUCUUUCUAUCGUCAAUUGCCCUUCAAUUAAUCAACGAUCAUAAAACUCACAAGAAGAUCCCACAAACCCCAUAAAAGCUCUCUGCUCUCUCUCUCUCUCGUCUCACUCUUCUCACACCGGGAAGAACAAAGUUGGUGAAGUCUCCGGCAGGGAUAACUCAGCUUCACCGAUGAUCACAUGCAUGCAAGAUAAUCCAUCGAUGUUUAGACUUCGAGCUUCCAAGUUUCUACUACUCUCUGUUCUCAUCUUGAGCCAGUUUCUAUCUACUCAACUCCUUGCUCAAAGAUCUAAAUCUCCAUGGCAGACACUCACUGGAGAGGCUCCUCUUGUCAUUGCACGUGGAGGGUUUUCUGGGUUGUUUCCAGAUUCAAGCGUAACGGCUUACAGUUUUGUGUCGGCUACAAGUGUUCCCGAUGCUGUCUUGUGGUGUGAUGUGCAACUUACAAAGGAUGGAGUUGGGAUUUGCUUCCCUGAUGUGACCAUGUCUAAAGAUUCUAACAUCGAGUGUGCUUACCCUAAACGAAAAAACUCUUACCAUCUUAACGGAGUCCCUACUCAGGACUGGUUCACCAUUUGAUUUCACCUCCAAGGAUCUCAAAAGAGUGUCAUGUAAGUUUGGUGCAUUGAAGGAACAAAAUUUUCUUUGUAUUUAUUCUUACAAAUCUAUUUUUCAAACUGUGGCAGUGAUCCGAGGGAUAUUAUCACGGUCACCGGCAUUCAAUGACAACAGAAACGUUAUUUCAACAGUUGAGAACAUAGCUACGCAGUUCAAACCUGCGGGGUUUUGGCUAAAUGUUCAGGUAAUUUUUAUUACAGUAUGCUUCUUGUUGUAAUGAAAUAUAUAUCUCAGAUCACUCUAACACAGGCUGCUUUUUUUUUCUCACUCAGCACGACGCGUUCUAUGCGCAACACAAUCUAAGCAUGAGCGGAUUUCUGCUAUCAGUUUCCAAAACUGUGACCAUCGACUACCUCUCUUCCUCUGAAUUGAAGUUCUUCCGGGACAUCGGUAGCCGGUUUGGUAAAACCGGGCCAAAGUUUGUGUUCAGGUUCCUUGAGAAAGAUGACGUUGAGGUGUUCUUGGUUGAAUUCAAGACGUUUGCUUCAGGCGUUCUUGGUUGACUUCAAGACGUUUGCUUCAGGCGUUCUUGGUUGACUUCAA